GUGUAUCCUCGUCGAACGCGCUUCGAUCAGCUCGCUCCGUCUUGAUUCUCUGUGCGCGCAUGCGAUUUCGCGGGAAUGACGACGAUCAUAAAAGGAGCCAUUCGCGGAUCGGCGCGCGUCAGUCACUGCGUCGUAGCGUAGAGAUUUAUAUGGUGGAUUUUCUACGGGAAGAGCUAGCAAAAAGACCCCGAAGCGGAGCAAAAGCAGAGUGUUUUUUUUUUGACGAGUUAUAGUCGAGUGUGCGGAAGCGGACGGAGAGAGAUAAACGCGAGAGAGCGAGAGAGAGAGAGAGAGAGAGAGAGAGAGACGCGUCUCUCGAACGAGAUCCGUGAUUUACGCAUUAAAUGACCACGGCGGCGUCAAUGCCUUUGUCCGCGCGUCGACACAACGGCAUGAAAUAACGACCGGCUGACGGAGCGGUUCAACAAGGCGGUAGACAGCGGCGACGUCCUGAUUCCAAGCGUCCGUGCUCAGUCCUCAGUGCAGGCUAGUCGGUCGCUCGGCGGCUUCGCUCGUUGUCUUCUCGACGGGAAGAAAAAAAAACCCAUCAAUCACAGACACGGAAAAACAAAUGUGCGACUUGUGCGCAACGGGCAAACAUAAACACAGCCGUUAUCGUGAUCCCCAAAAAUUUACGCCCGUGAUCGCAGUUCUUCCUCGUUAUUAUCUUGUCAAACUGUAAUCUGGAUAAAUUUUCGAACCUGCGCUUCGUCGAUCACGUCGCAACAAUAAGUAUCAUCGUCGUCUUCCUCUCAACGGACAGGGUUCCACGGAUACCUCAUCUCAACGCCUUCAUCGCGGUGAGGUUAUCUUUGAUAAAGAACACGGGGACAUCAUCAGCCUGACAUCGUUCAGCGCGAUUUCGUGAGUUUCGUCGCGAAGGACAGUCUACGUUUUGACGAUCAAAAACGUCAUUGAAAUCAAUCAAAUCAUCGAGGAAACGGGAUAGAGGAUUUUUGACCCAGUGAUAGAAGUCCGCGAACGCGCGACAACAAACAUGGCAGCCGCCGCGUGCGUUCAAAAUUGUACAAAUAACGCCGACUUCCUCCCGUACAUCAUUCUUAUCGGAACGAACACCUGGAAUGACGUCGUGGACUAUUUCCCGCACAACAUUCUCAACGGAACGAGCGCUUGGCACGACGUUGUGGGCUAUUUUCCGUACAAGCCAUGGAUAUUCGCUCUAAUCGGCAGCACCAUGGUCGGUCUUACCGGUGUUUUUCCCUUGUGGGUUUUUUCCAAUCAUGCGGAUCCAAAAACCGGCGAGUUCGGCAGAAAUUUGAGGAUCUUUUCGAGUUAUGGGCUGGGUGCACUGUUGGUCAACGUGUUUCUACAUCUCUUGCCUGAGAUGUUUGGAAGCAAACUGCAGAACAAAACCAAGGACGACGAUAAUCACGCGUCUAAGCCCGCAAAUCUGCUGUUGGUGUUGUGCGCUUUUCUGUUCUUUGUGAUCAUCGAAAAGAUCAUUACUACUGUAAACGAAGAAAUACCUAUCGUCCCGGAACAGCAAGCCGAUGAUAUUACCGCCGAUGAUAUUACCACCAAUGAUGCGAAUAAGGACAAAGAAAGGAACAACAACAAUUGCAUUAUGAUGAACACCGAAAAGAACGGUUUUGUCAAAAAUUACUCGACAGAUUCGACGAAAAUGGAGAAAAAACCUCACAAAAAUGGAUUCGUACAGAUGCCGAACGAUGCUAAAGAUCUGCGAAAAAACGGUUUUAAGAAAGAUGUUUUGAAAUUCGCGUCAAGAAGCGAAUGUUCAACCAAUAGUCUAUUGAUCGACGAAGCGACGAUGAACUGGUUGAAGAAACUGACAGAACCCAACGGUUUCAAUUUAACGGCAGUUUCACGCGCCAGUGCUGUUAAUCAAUUAAUCGUGCACACAAAAAAAUACAUGUUUGAUCUGUUUCGCAAAUUCUUAAAUCCCAAAAGUUUCCCUGGAUACCUGAACCUCUUGAUGAACUCUCUCGACAAUUUUACCCAUGGUUUAUCCGUGGGUGCAUCAUUCCUCAUUUCCUUCAAUGUAGGUGUCGUCACUACAUUUACUAUUCUGGUGCAUGAAAUACCUCAUGAAGUCGGAGAUUUUGCGAUCUUGUUGAAAAGUGGAUUCAGUAAAUUCGAUGCUGCGCGGGCGCAGUUAAUCACAGCUGUCGGUGGAAUUGCUGGCGCUUUGACUGCCGUCUCUUUUUCCGAUGAUUUAGGGAAAGAAACUAGUUGGAUAGUGCCAUUGACCGCAGGAGGAUUUAUACAUAUUGGCCUGGUGACUAUCUUGCCCGAUUUAUUGAAGGAAAUAAAUCCAAAAGAGUCAUUGAAACAACUUGGUGCUUUGUUUUUUGGGAUUAUUGUAACGGCUGCGAUGAUGUUUGUUUAAGUCACAAAAAUAUAUUUCAUUAUUACAUAUAACAGUUCUGACAUUCUAUUAUGUUACUAUAUACAUAUAUAAUACUUUGAAUGCAAGUUUACACCAAAUCUGUCUGUACGUCUUACCGAAGUUGCCAUAGUUAUAUGUAAUAACAUGCUCAAUCCCUAGAUGGAAACUUGCUGGUCGAUGAAAAGCGAUAGCAAAAAAGAGAAUUGACCAAAUCCUUGUACGCGAUGUAUAAAAAUAAUAAUCGGAUUUAGAUUAGUUUAGAAUUUGUAAUAUAUUUUGUAUUGGAAAUUAACAUUCAAAAACCUAUAUCAUGAGUAGUAUUUACGAAGUUUAGAAGUCUGACAUAUUAUGUUCUUGAGAUUAGCGCUUUCUGCUCUUCUACAAUGUUUUGCAGUAAAUUUUGCUCACGAAGAUUUAGAAUUUUACAAUGAACUAUUUCUAUGAUUGAGGAAAGUCUAUACUUUGAGGUGGGGAAAAAUAAUGACAGCGCCUAAGAGCGUUCCUUUAAUGAUAUAUAGUCAACAAAAGAGAUAUAUACAUAUCUUAUAAAAUAUAUACAUAUAUAUAUAUAUAUAUGUGUAUCUUUAUAAGAUAUAUGUAUACAUAUAUACACACACGUGUACAUUAUUCUAUUUAUAUUAGGUGUUACUCUCUAAUUCACGCCUUAUUGAUGGUGAAAUAAUUCCGGAAAGUCUGUUAUGAGCCUCAUAUAGUUUAUACACAAACGCGCGCAUGUUCUGUCGUAGAUGUGGCACCACGAGUACGUCAGAAUGAUUCAUUAUUCUCUUUGGGACAGGACGUUGCGAUCAGUUAAAAAGAAAAAUUAAAUCUAAUUCAGAGUAGUGGUAUAUAAAUGUAUAUCAUUCUGAAAUGUGAAAGCUAAUGUACAUACCGCGUUCGCGUUUUGUUUAAAUAUGAUAAUGUACAAAGAUACGCAAAAACCGCGCAGGAGCUUCCGUAAAGACACAUUUACGCGGUGUACGCACAGUAAAUGGAGUAAACACUCAUUCUAAUAAAUGUACACACAUUAUAAGUUCCUAAAGUUAUAUUCAUGACUCGAUGAAGUUUCUUUUUUUUUUUUUUCAAAUAUUAAGUAAUUGCGCACGAAAAUACAAAUAGAAAUAUUCAAUACAUGCACAAUUGGAAAAAUAAAGAUGUAGUCUAAGUUUA